GGGAAACCCAACGCCAUAGCUUCGUUUCUUCUCAACAAACCAUUGAGAAGUUUGUUUAUAUGGAAAUCUCCAAAUUCAGAGAUGACUUAGCCAAAUUUUCCAAAACAAUCCUUUUCCUUCAUCAUCAUCAUCAUCAUCAUCAUCAUCAUCUUCUUGCCUGCGGUGUCGAAUCUUCUUCAACCGUCAAAUUGCUGAUUCGGACUUCCCCCGAUAUUCUAUUAUAUUCUAUUGUAUUGUAUUGUCACCAUUUAUCAUUAUCGUUAUCUUCUUCACGUUUCCCAAUAAACCCUCUUUCUAUUUGGACCCUUACUUUCACAUUUUCUUUUCCCAAUUCGACUUGGGUUUUCCUCUAUUUUCUGCUUCCUCUUCUUCAUUUAUUUAUUUGCCUUCUCCUUUCCAUCAGCGAGUUCUUUUUGUUUUGCUGAUUCUAUUGCCGGUCCUGUUCUUGGUUUUUGUGUUGGUUGUUUGAUUGGUUGAGGUUUGUUCGUUUGGCGCAACGGGUUUUCUGAUUUGGGGAUUUAGUUUCUAGGUUUUCGAAGAUUGGUUGGUGGGUUUCGUCUUUGGAGGUUGAUUGAUCGAUAUAUUCGUGUUGCUUGUGCGUUUUGAAGAGUUAACUUUGGGUUUCUUAAUGGGUUUCCUUUGGAUUUAAGGAUCACAUUGUUGUUGUACAAGAUCAGAUUCAGGUUUACUUUUGACAUUUACAUUGUUCUUCUCCUCUUCUGGUGAUCAUUUUUUUUCUAUUUCUCCUGUUAAUUUAUUUUGAAGAGCUGAAGAAUUGAGUGUUCUGUUGAAUUUGAAGCAAUUUUACUUGAUUCCUUCAUUCUUAAUUCAUCUGUGGAUCAGUUUUUGUUCCCAUUGAUCAUAGCUAUUGCAUUGAAGUUUGUAGAAACACAUCCUUGUAAGUUGACUUGUUGUGCCAUUUUUGUAACACAUUUCAUUCUUUGUGUCACUCUUAUAUCUUCAGAGAACUGUGUAGAUUCUAUUAGAUUGUGACAGAUUGGUUGCAGAUCCUUUUAAGAAUUAUGGAAAUUAGUAAUGAGGCCAGUGUUGGUUCCUUUUCUAUUGGGCCUUCGACCAUUAUAGGUCGAACAGUUGCUUUUAGGAUUCUAUUUUGCAAAUCAGUGUUGCAAUUGAGGCAUCAACUAUUUCGUGUCUUGUUAAAUAUCAUAUAUAGAUUUAAAGCUCUUGUUGCACCCAUAUUAUCAUGGAUACAUCCUAGAAAUCCACAAGGGAUAUUGGCAAUGGUGACAAUUAUUGCUUUUUUGUUGAAACGGUACACUAAUGUCAAAGAGAGGGCCGAAUUGGCUUACCGUAGGAAAUUUUGGAGAAAUAUGAUGAGAUCUGCUUUGACCUAUGAGGAAUGGGCUCAUGCUGCUAAAAUGCUUGAUAAAGAGACUCCAAAAAUGAACGAGUCGAACCUUUAUGACGAAGAGUUGGUGAGGAACAAACUUCAAGAGCUUCGCCACCGUCGCCAGGAGGGAUCUCUUAGAGAUAUAAUAUUUUGGAUGAGAGCUGAUCUUUUCCGAAAUCUUGGCAAUAUGUGCAACCCUGAAUUACACAAGGGUAGGCUUCAAAUUCCCAAACUCAUAAAGGAGUAUAUAAAUGAGGUUUCAACGCAGUUGAGAUUGGUUUGUGACUCGGAUUCAGAGGAAUUGUUAUUAGAAGAGAAGCUUUCAUUCAUGCAUGAAACGAGGCACGCGUUCGGAAGGACUGCCCUGCUCUUAAGUGGAGGUGCUUCACUUGGAGCUUUUCAUACAGGAGUGGUCAAAACACUAGUAGAGCAUAAACUUUUGCCUAGAAUAAUUGCUGGUUCCAGUGUGGGAUCCAUCAUGUGUGCUGUUGUUGCAACUAGGUCCUGGCCUGAGCUACAAAGCUUUUUUGAGGAUUCGUGGCAUUCGUUACAGUUUUUUGACCAGAUGGGUGGUAUUUUUACUGUGGUAAGGAGGGUAAUGAUACAAGGUGCUGUUCACGAGAUUCGGCAAUUACAAAUGAUGUUAAGGCAGCUCACCAGCAACCUAACUUUCCAGGAAGCUUAUGACAUGACAGGUAGAAUUCUUGGGAUAACGGUUUGCUCCCCCAGGAAGCACGAACCGCCUAGAUGUCUUAACUACUUAACAUCACCUCAUGUUGUGAUAUGGAGUGCUGUGACAGCAUCUUGUGCAUUCCCUGGCCUCUUUGAGGCACAAGAAUUAAUGGCCAAGAACAGAAGUGGAGAGAUUGUUCCCUAUCAUCCGCCAUUUAAUUUGGCUCCUGAGGAAGGCCCAGGCACAUCUGCACGUCGUUGGAGAGAUGGAAGCUUGGAGAUUGAUUUACCAAUGAUUCAAUUGAAAGAAUUGUUCAAUGUUAACCAUUUUAUUGUCAGUCAGGCGAAUCCUCAUAUUGCACCAUUAUUGCGAAUGAAAGAAUUCAUCAGGGCUUGUGGUGGAAAUUUUGCUGCCAAGCUUGCUCAUCUUGCUGAAAUGGAGGUAAAGCAUAGAUGCAACCAGAUUUUGGAACUUGGCUUUCCAUUAGGAGGAAUCGCGAAGCUUUUUGCUCAAGAUUGGGAAGGAGAUGUCACCGUUGUCAUGCCCGCGACUCUUGCUCAGUAUUCAAAAAUUAUACAAAAUCCUACGCAUUUGGAUCUUCAGAAGUCGGCCAACCAAGGUAGGAGGUGCACCUGGGAGAAGCUGUCGGCAAUAAAAGCCAAUUGUGGCAUUGAGCUUGCUCUAGAUGAAUGUGUUGCAAUUCUCAACCAUAUGCGGAGGUUGAAAAGGAGUGCUGAAAGGGCGGCUGCUGCUGCUGCCGCCGCCGCCUCAUAUGGCCCUGUGAUCCCAGUCAAGUUCAGUGCUUCAAGAAGAAUUCCCUCCUGGAACUGCAUCGCACGAGAAAACUCAACUGGUUCACUUGAAGAAGAAUACCUUGCUGAUAUUACUUCGACACACCAUCAAGGUGUUGGUGGAUCAACGGGUGCAGGAUCCUCUGGUAGAUUGUUGCGAACUCACCGUGGUAUGUUUGAUGGCAGUGAUAGCGAAUCGGAAAAUAUUGAUUUGAAUACUUGGACAAGAUCUGGUGGGCCAUUAAUGAGGACAGCAUCAGCUAAUAAGUUCAUAGACUUUGUUCAGAAUUUGGAUCUUGAUGACUUCAACAGAGGUUUGGUAGCUAAUUCCAAUGUGCUUCAGACUAUUGGUGGUAGUCAAAAUUCACAGAGUCCCCGAACCAUGUCUGAGCGGAGUUCAGAGAGCCCAGAAUUUGACGCCCGGGAGCUUAGCAAUCGAGUUUCUUCCAGCAUUCUUUUAACUGAAGGGGACUUUUUGCAGCCUGAAAGAAUACCAAACGGUAUCGUGUUCAAUGUUGUGAAGAAGGAAGAUUUGACUUUGACAAGUAGGAGCCAGGAUUCAGAAACUCAAAACAGUGAAGUUGAAUGCUUGCAAAUCGACUGUUCGGAAAAGUAUAUUGAUGCUAGCUCGGCAUCUGAUUAUGAUGGCAAUGAAGAAGAUGCUACACCAGAAGGCGUCUUACAAGAACCAUCUCCCAAAAGCAAUCCGGUGAAUCAUUCCGAGCAACAACUCGAUGGCCACGAUCACAUUUCAAUCGAUUCUUAAUCUCAUUCGAAGUAGGAGAUGGGAAGCUCAAAGGACUCCAUAGCUUGAGUUAUGCUAAUCACACUGAAAAAUAUAUAAGUAGUUUUGAGGAAUUUGAUGGUGGAACCGUGCCGGUUAAAUAUUCCUUGAUGGGCUCGAUAAGCCACUCUUAGUUGACAUGAUCAAUUGUUUCUUUUGAAUAUUUUUUGUAAGUAGAGAAAUGGUUGGUAGCAAGAUAAUUGGAGUAAUAUCUGUAUACUGGACUAUACAAAUCAACUAAUGACAAGUACUUUCACCAUCAUUGUAAUGUGCAAGAUAUUAAAGCACUUGCCAUUGAAGUGCUUGUCAAAAGAAAUGAAUUGUGGACACUUGUGUGAUUCAAUAUGCUCUUCAUAGUCAAACUUGAAA